AACAGCUCCGAGCUCCGCGGACUGCUCCGCUCCUCAUCCCGGAGAUCCUGGAGACCCUUCGCCGCUUCUCUGACCUCAUCCCGGGCGUAACAUCAGCCAGACGGACCCUCCGAUUCAUCCUGAACGACAUACCCGGGCUCCGGUGCUCCUGCUCUGGUCGGGUCUUCACUGUGAGCCGGGGCUAGCUGGAAAGCUAGCGGGGCGUUAGCCGAGCACGCAGCGGGGUGAAGGCUCGGUGCUGACGGCGGGCAGAGAGAGCGCAGCAUGGCCGGAGGGAGCCACAGCCAGGCGGCGGAGGAGAAGACAGUCAGCCGGGGGCAGAGCGAAGGAAACCGGAGGUUGAAGUACAUCAGCCUGGCCGUGCUCGUGGUCCAGAAUGCAUCGCUCAUCCUCAGCAUCCGAUAUGUCCGCACGCUGCCUGGGGACCGCUUCUUCGCCACAUCGGCCGUGGUCAUGGCGGAGGUUCUGAAGGUGCUGACGUGUCUGCUCAUCAUCCUGCUGCAGAAGAGAUUCAAUCUCAAAGAGAUGGUGCUGCUCCUGAUCGACUCCAUAUUCAUUCAGUAUAAAGACACGCUCAAACUGGCCGUUCCCUCUCUCAUCUACACGCUGCAGAACAACCUGCAGUACAUCGCCAUCUCCAACCUGCCAGCUGCCACCUUCCAGGUGACGUACCAGCUGAAGAUCCUGACCACGGCUCUGUUCAGCGUCAUGAUGCUGAGGAAGUCUCUGUCCAAGGUUCAGUGGGUUUCUCUGCUGCUUCUGUUCGCUGGAGUUGCCAUUGUACAGGUGCAGCAGGAGGGAAACAAGGAGGCGUCGGUCAAGGACACCUCCAACCAGAACUACAUGGCGGGUCUUGUUGCUGUGGUGAUCAGCUGCCUGUCAUCUGGGUUCGCUGGCGUUUACUUUGAGAAGAUCCUGAAGGGCAGCUCAGCGUCCGUGUGGAUCAGGAACGUGCAGCUGGGGAUCUUCGGAACAGCACUCGGCAUGUUGGGACUGUGGUGGAACGACGGUGCCGCGGUCGCCGAGCUCGGCUUCCUGUUCGGCUACACCAACAUGGUGUGGUGCGUCAUCUUCAACCAGGCGUUCGGCGGGCUGCUGGUCGCCGUCGUGGUGAAGUACGCCGACAACAUCCUGAAGGGCUUUGCCACUUCCUUCUCCAUCAUCGUGUCCACCGUGGCAUCCAUCCACCUCUUCGGUUUCCACGUGGACCUGCUCUUCACGGCGGGGGCUGGACUCGUCAUCGGCGCAGUCUACAUGUACAGCCUCCCCAAAGCGCCCGGCGGCUCCUCGUCCCUGAGCUCUUCUUCGGCGUCUUCCUCGGCGCCUUUAGCGUCGCAGAGGAUGGACAAAGGCCAAGAGAUGGAGGCGUUUCUGCCAAAGUGUGCAGGUAAAGAGAAAGGUUCCUGAGUGACGGACAGACGGACAGACGAACGGCUGCCUUCAUCCUGAUGACGAGGUCAAAAUUAAACAUUUCUUUAAUUUAUUUUUAUUAAACCAAAGUCCUCCGGUUUCAGACCGACAGCACUCCUCCUGGCGCUGCAUUGUUCUCAUGUACUGUGAUUUUAACGUGAGCUGCCUCUCAUGAACAUUAGUGCCUUCAUCUCAGGAUCACACAGUUGUUUUAUUUUGAAAAACAUUUCACAUGUUAUUAUUUUUAAAGAUGGAUUAUCAUUAUAAUCCAUUCAUCCAUCAUUAUAUUAUCUCUGGAUGGAUGUUCAGAUGUUUUUACUGCCAUUUCUGAAUAGAAAAGAUUCUAGUAUUACUCUGCAACAGGGGUGUCAAACUCAAUCAAACCAGGGGCCAGAUUCUGGAUUUAAGUCUAACCUGAGAGCCUGAGAGGGUUCAAAUUGGACCAUAAACCUACAAACUCUUUUUCGCCAGAAAUAAAAAAGUAAAACAAAAAAACUUAGCAUUGAUCAUAAAUCACUUUGAAAUAAAAAGUCAAAAUGAUAAGUUUAAAGGCUCAAAAUCUAGGAUAAAAAGUCAACCUUAUUAAUUCAAGGGCUAAAAAAACCCCCACAAAAAUAAAUAAAAAAUGUUUGAAGAAAUGCAAAUUUAUGAGAAAGUCAAAAUCAUGAAUUUAAAAGCUUAAAAUAUGAGUUGAAAUUUCAAAUUGUAAGUCUAAAAAGUCAAAAUAUGGGAUUAAAAAGCUGAAGUUAAGAGUUAAGAGGUCAAAAUAUGACUUAAAACUAAAAAAGAAUGAGUUUAAAGGUUAAAAAUAUGACUCCAAAUUUAAUCAUUUGUAUCUAAGAGGUCCUAAUAUGAUAUCAAAUAUCAAAAUUAUGACUUGAAAGGGUCAAAGUAUAAAAUAAAAAGUCAAGUUCCUGUCAUAAUUUUGAGAUGCAAAAUUUCAAAUAUGACAUGAACAAACAGAUUAAUCACUUGUCCCAUUUUUUAAAUUUUUUUUUUUUACUUUUUUAUAAUAAUAUUUUUACUCUGUUUCAGAUUUUAAUGACUCAACAAGGAUAUUUUAAAUCAUCAAGGUUAAGUUUGCAUUUUUAUCCUGGAGGAAAUCUGCAGACCUCAUACUGGUGGGCCAGUUAUAAUAGAAAUAUGACAUGAUCUUUCGGGCCGGAUUUGGCCCCCGGGCCUUGAGUUUGACACCCUUGCUCUACAAUAAGGUACUUAAAACUGUGUACUAACAAGGCAAUGAAUAAGUAGUUAACAGCUAGCUAACCAGUCAUGAACUACCAGUUAACAUGGGAUUCUAUGAGUAACUUACAGCUAGUUAGUCAGGGAAUAAAUGCAGAUCCAAUGGUUAGUUUACAGAAAAUAAUUGAGUUAUUAACAGCUAGUUAACCAGGGAAUAAUUUAUGAACCAACAGCUAAUUAACAGAGAAUGAAUGAACCAUUUACUACAAGUCUACCAGGAAAUAUCUGAGUAAUGGCUGGUUAAUCAGCAUGUUUGCAUCUACAAAAAAAUUAAUCUUCAAAAUCAUGAAACAUGAUUCAGGGAAAUCUGCUCCAGGGUGGUGUGGGUGUGUCUGUUGAUGAGCAGUAGCCACGCCCACUCAGGAGGAAUACAGUCCUCACAGAUUUAAAAGAAAAUGCUACAACCUGAUUGGAGCACAGACAGAUUAUUUUCUCAUCCCAUUUUAACUCUUCAGGAAUUCCUUAGAUCUCAUUUUCUGAGUUAUGUGAAGUUAAGUCUCUCCUGUCUGAGAUGUAUUUGUUAACACUCCAUUUCCUGAUGUUGCUCUUCAAAAUAAAAGUUGUCAAUUAUGCUUAGAAUUGAGACAGACUUUGCAGGGAUAGACGUGAGGGAUUAAACUGUUCCUGCUUUGAGAGAGACAAAGCUACGCUCUGCUUCUUUUAAUCCUCCAGGACUACAGACAGUGAAAUAUGGACUGAAACACACAUAAAACACACAAGAAGUUUGUUCCUGCUGUAUCUGGUUCAAGUGAAAAAUAGACGAACACUCCAGCAAUUAGCCUGACCCCUGACCUUACUGUGAACUCUGAUCAGAGCUCAGCCACCUAGCUCUGUGAAAGAGCAGAAAGAAGUUGAGGUUGAAAUUUACUGUUUUCUGGCACAAAUCUGUGUUAAGAUACUUCAGAUCUCAGUGUUUUGACCUGUUUACAGAAACAUAAGUCUAACAUAUCUACAGUGUUCAGACACAAACUUUGGAUUUCACUUUACAGAGACUCUAAUGUGAGGCCAUCCUAACUAACAGGUAGUUCAUUCAUUGGUUCGUUCAUUCCCUGGUUAAUUAAUCAUUUGUUGCUGAAUACUUUUACUAAUACCAGCAGCUUAAAGAUUGAUCCUGAGAUCUUUAGUUUGGGAGUGAAAAAAAUCAAAACUGUGAUUCAGGAACCAAAGAUUUCAUCUGUAAGAGAGGAAAAUGACUGAGUUUCUUUAAUGUUUGUGCAUUUUAUGUGGAGUAGAGCUGUUUUUAAUGGAUGAUAAAAAAAAAAAAAACUAGGUUAUUGAUUCAAAGUGACAGUAAAAUGUUCAUGAGAAUGUUUUAAACUGGUGCUUUUAAUGCCAAAAUAAGAGAAAAAGAAAAGUUUUCACUAAAUGAACAAAGACUUCUGCUGCCUUCAAAUCAAACCAUCGUGAAGCUCUUAUAAAAAUCUGAAUGAUGCCACAUAAGGUGGGUGCAUCCGUACAGUUUCUCCUCACGAACAUGACCUUUUUCUUUGUAUAUUCAUUUAUUCUUCCUGUUUUCAACCAUGUUAACAUUUCAAAUUAAAAAGCAGUAUUCUUCAUGGGUCUUAAACAUUUAAAGUGUAACCUUUACAUUUUUAUUUCUGUUGUUUGUAAGAGUAUAGCUCCUCAGAGCUGCCUAUAAAAACUGAAUAUAACAUUGGUUACACCGUGUCUCAACAGCAUCCAAGCCCACUGCUGCCUCAGUGAUGUGAAUGUACUUAAAUGAGAUUAGUUAAAACUGACAGAAGCUCAUAUACCAGUGUUAUGGAUUUUUCUUGGAUUUGGGAUAUAUGCAGCGAGAGCUUAAGUCAGAGGGGUUUUUAUCAUGAGGUUUAUUAGAAAGUUAUUCCUGCAGGAAGAGGAGUCUCACAACAGCAAUGACAUUAGACAGCUGAAGGGAGAGUCCUGCCAGACGCGGUGCCGUCUCUUUUUAUAGAAUACAAACCAAGGAUAAAUGCUAACAUAAUUAAGAAUUGUCAUUGGAUAAAGAAUAUCUGCAGUGUACAGCCACAGUGCCUCAUAGGUUGAGUGACAUCUGCACUACUUCUGCACAAGUAAGAUACGGCUAGAAAGUUGUUCCUAUCUUAUACAACUUCCUCCAUGAGCCAACUGCUGAGUGUUCAUGGAUCAAUGUAACAUCGGGUUUUAAGUUGUGACACCAAACAAUGAGGGAGGCUGUCUGUGUAUGUUGUCAUUCAUCCAGGUCAUGAUUAUCAAAUUCUUUGUUAAAAGGGCAAAUGGACUUGCGGAUGACGGAGGCUAAUUCCUGGAAAUUACAAGGAGAGAUCUUAGGAUAAAGGGUGGAUGGCUGAAAUUUUAAAUGUAAGGAGACUGACUAAUCUCUGAGAUUACGUUUGCCUUCUAUCACUCAGCAAAGUUUACAUGGUCCUGACUAAUACCUGGAAAAUAUGUUGCUAGGCUUCAGUACCAAGCUGACAGUGAAUAUGUACUAACAGGACAACAUUCAUAUGGCUGCAGCUAAUAUCUGAAGGGGCCUACAUGGACCUGACUAACACCUGGGAUGAAAAUUGAAUGUCUUGACUAAUUUCUGGGACAAUAAUGGUGACCAUUGUUUCAAACUAAUUCCUGGAAACAAAGAACAUACUUCUAGAAAGUUGUUUCUGUCUCAUAUAACCUUCUCUAUGAGUGUAAAAUUAAGUCAAGUUGUUCCUAUCUCACAUGACUUCCUCCAUGAGCCAACCGCUGAAUGUUCAUGGAUCAGUGUAAUAUCUGGUUUUAAGUUGUGACACCAAAGAGUGAGGGAGCCUAAUUCCUGGAAAAAUCUAUUUUCCCCUUAAACACUAAGAUAUAGUGCUUUUAUUUUGAAGGUGAAGUGGAAGUGUGGUGCCUUAUGUUGAUGAGUCUUUGACAGUGCUGAGCUGAAUAUUUGCUUCUGUGAAAACAGAUAUUUUUAGAUUAAAAGGUUGUAAUCCUCAUCCUUUUUUUCUUCAGUGAAACAUGAGCAGCAGAGAGAAACAGAAACAAUGUAGCGUGGUGAAAAUGUCAUGUUGUUCUGCUGCUUACCUCAUCACUCCUCCCCCUUGAUGACUCAGACAGGAAACAGCUGAGCGGUGGAGGCUCGCUCCUUUUGGUGCUGUUGGGACUAGGUGUUAAAGGGAAAAUCUGCCUCAGCUGACCUUUAUUGUGAAAGUUUACAGUCUUUGUAUUUAUCCUUUUAAUGAACACUCCGAUUGUUGUUUUCACCUCUGUGCCUUCUGAACUCUGUUUUUAAGCUUUAUGUCAAACUGACUGUUUUAGUUUGAAAAGUUUCUGAGACA